UCAGUUCUGUGCGACGAAUUGACCCAUUAUCAGUGUUAAAGUGGUCGAUAAAGAUUAGUAAAACUACACCUAGCCAUGUCUGCGCAACGGUGGAUCCACUGUGGACUCUGUAACAGUCUGCAGGCAGACAACGAAACCAAAUUCUAUCACCUAUCCUGCGCCGAUAUACUUUGCCGAUCGUGCAUGAGCAAAACAAACCGUGGAACAAGCUGUCCCGUGUGCAAGCGUUCGCUGGAUCACUUUAUCGAACUCGGUGAUGAGAUGAGCAGGAAGGAGAAAAUGCUUUACCACCCGUCACCGGUCAGCUUCUAUCAGAUCGCUGCCCAAACGCUCGCCUUCCAACACAAACACCGGCAGCAGCUGGUGCAAGCGAUACUGAAGGCACGCGAAUCGUUACACCGGCUAGACGAGCUGGAAACGCAAAUACGACAAAAGAUUGUGGAAACCCAAAAGCGGUACGAAAAUAUGCGUCUGUAUCGAAGAAGCUUGCAGGAGAACAUGCGCCAAACAAUCGUCUCCAGUGGUAGAAGUAGCACAGCAGUGGAUACGAUGCGCCCGGAAGCAGCGGGAGGAUUUUUCCAGCGAAGAGUAUCAACUCAUACGCCUUCUUCGGUACAACCCAGCUCAAGUGCUUUACAAUCGCAGCGAAGAUUUUCCAUGGAUUCAUUCAAUUUGGACAACAGUGUGAAGAUGUCGCAGGCAAACUCUUCGACUGAUUCCGGCAUCGGUUUAACACCCUCGUCCGAUGCUUGUUCUGUUGGCAGUGGUCGUCCCAUGUCUAGCAGUACACCGAAAACAAUAUCUCCAAUCAAAACGGGCGGAAUAACUCAGCGACGUACAUCGAUAGCAGUUGGUGGUGGUUUGCAAACGAAUUACACACCCUUCAAGGCACCGAGAAGAUAUUCAACUACUUCGUUCAAACAAUUUAUUGGCGGACAGAGCACUCCAGCAGGCGGUAGAUCUAAUCCCGGUGAGACUUUAUCCAGUUCUUUGUUUAUGGCAAAGCAAGCGGCUACUACAGCUAUUAGUUCGUUUUAUAUGGAUAAUAAAAAAUGAUUAU